AUGGAAGAUGCACGAACCACUAUCAACAGCCAAGCGUUAGCGAUGAGUUCUCAUCUAUCGAGUCUUCUUCGGAAUUCUAGAUUAUCGCAGCUAUACCAGACGGAUAAGGCGAUAUUAGAUUCUGUCAGGAACCUAGCUCCUACACACCAGGUGAUAGAGACCAAGCCUGCUACGCAAUACCGCCAAGAAUGGGGUUUGAAGUCCAGUAUUCCCUCGAAAAUUAAGUCCCGGUACAUUGUUGUCAACAAGUUGGAUACUUUGGAGAGAUUUACUUCGUUUGAACCUGUGGGUCAAUAUCAGUGGAACAGAAUCAGAUUUCAAGAGAUUGGCGUGGCUCCUAGCUAUGGGCAUCAAGUUCCAAACCCACUCUUCUCUGGAGCUAGCCAGAAUGCUUCCAGUGACAAACUCUCUGGGCUACUUGGUAUUUCAGAGAAGACAUCUGCUGCAAAGCGUGAUAUGGUAAUGAAGAAACUGGCUGGAUUGUACCCUGCGUACAUGAAAUGGAUAUCAGAAAAAUAUCCAGAGAUCGCUAAGAAACCGCAUGAAUACAGAAACGCCUCUUACUUGAGAGAGUUCUUAUCACAAUAUUCCUUUGACAAGCCAUUAAGCGGUCAAUUCAAGGUUGUGGGCACCGGUGGUCUAUCCUAUGCGUUGCAGGGAAGAUUAAGGCAGUCUCCUAGAGGUGUUCAGAACAAAAAUCCAGCUACAGGUAGAGUUCUGCAACUAAAGGGCAUGGAACGUACUGCUGCUGUGGGUGGUUUUGUCGCCAAUUUGAACGCCCUGGGACGCGUUUCUCGUAAGCUAGAUAUACAGCAUGGUGACUAUAUCAGAGCAGAGAAGUACCCAUUCUUCAUCUCGGAAGCUAAGGUGGGAGAAAACGGUAAGAUUACAAUGGAAGCUCAACUAUUAGAGACCAACGCAGUGAGGAUGGUGGACAAUUCUAUUGCUAUGCCUUCGAAGAAGCGCCUAUACAAUAAAUCCGAAGGUCAACAACAAAAGAUAGACCCAGAAAAGUCUGCUACGCAGGCUGCCGAACUAUUGAGUAUCCUCACAAACUUUGCUCGUUAG